AUGCGUCGGAGGCGGGCGUUCCUCGCGCCGCUCGCGGCGCUCGCGAUCUUCGCGGCUAUCGUCUCGGUGGCGCGCGCCGAUGUCCACGCGCCCGUCGGCUUCGGUCGCGGUCAAACCUUCCUCCUAUCCGCGAGGAGAGUGUUCGCAACGGAGGCGGGCGCCGACGACGCUCGAGUCGAGCCGCGGCGGAGGCUCGUCGAGAACGAUCCGCGGUACGGCACCGCGGUCCGGCGCGUGCUGCUCGAGGGCGCGCGCGACGGUCCAUCGGAGGGCGGAGGGGAAGGCGCCGGAACGCGCGACGAGAGCGGCCCACCACGUCACGGCACCGAUACGCCCAAACGCCGAGACGGCGUUGGGGUGGCGCGGUUAGCGAGGCGCACCGUGGACGCGGACGAAGAACUCGCCGCGGAAGCGAACGGUACCAAGCCGCGGCUGACGUCACCGAGGCCCGGGCCUCGGGGCGGGCUCGGGGCGUCCGCGAAGCGCGCGUCCACCACGCGAGACACCGGCGACGACCGCCCGAAGAUCCCGACGACCGACGGCCCCGAACGAAAGAACCUCGAUCCUCGCUGGAGGCUCCUCCUCCUCGACGACGACGACGACGACGACGCCGUGUGGUCCAACCCGGGGGAUCUCGGAGCCGACGCGAUCGCCUCGUCGUCCUCCCAGCUCCUCGUCGUCACCGACGGACGCGCGGGCGUCGCGGCACAGCUGGCCGACGCGCUCGCGACGAACGGCGGAGCCCUCGGCGAGAUCGUCCCGGCGUUCUCGUGGACCGCGAUCGGCGGCCCGCGCGCCGCGAACGCCGCGUCCGCGGUGCCGGGGGUGACGUGGGUGGGCCCCGUACGCCCCGAAGACGCCAUCGCGAGGGCGUGGGACCCGCUGUUCGAGGCGAUCGCGCUCGGGGAUCGCGCGCGGGUGGACGACGCCAUUCGCGGAUUCGACGGAGGAUUUGUCGGCGGUCGGAUCGCCGCGCGGGUCUACCCUCCGUCUCUCAGCACCCCCGACGGCACCCCCGACGGCACCCCCGACGGCACCCCCGACGGCACGCGCGGGAUCGUGGACGCCCUCGCCGCGCGGAUACGGGACGGAUUCGCGACCGCGUCGGGCGACCCGCUCGCGUCGGCGUCGGCGUCGGCGGACAAAAAGUUUGUCUCGGUUUCUUUCGCCGCGAACGCCGCGCCUCGCGCGGUGGGGUGGCUCGCGUCCCUCCGCGCCGUGCACCGCGUCGCCCCCGUGCUCCGCGUACGUCCCGAGAGGUUUUCGAAGGGGUUCAUCCCGCGUUCCUCCGGUAGGUUCGGAGCCGGCGGUCGGUCGCUUUCAAACUUCGAGGCGACGGAGGUUGUCCAGGGCGGGGAACUCGCGGGGGUGAACACGAAGACGCCCUUUUACGACGCCGGCAUCGACGGCGCCGGGCAGGUUGUCGGGUCGGGCGACAGCGGCUUGGAGGCGCGGCACUGCGCGUUCAGCGCGCCCGGUAAGGUGGUCAUGCACAGGUCGCUCACGGGGGAUACGCGCGAUCAGAGCGGCCACGGCACCCACGUCGUGGGGUCCAUCGCGGGUGACUUGACCUCCGACGGGUCCGGGUCCAAGUACGACGGCGUGGCGAAGAAGGCGUCGGUGGCGUUUACGGACAUGGGCUACGAGGUCAACGCGACGAGGCUGUGUUACUGCUUGUCUUCGGCGACGUGCUCGCCGAACGCGGCCAACGAGGACUGGGACGGCCAGUAUGACGGCACGCUGGCCAACGGCGAACUGGACAGUUCCACGUUCACCCUGGGCGGCGUUACCUACCCGGUGUCGAACCUUCACGCGUGCAAGGACGGCGCCGGCGAUCGGGCGUGCACGAAGUACGAUAGAUCGUGCGCGGACGAGGGGAUGACGGACUGGCACCAUCCGCGAGGCGUGCUGUGGAACCUUUGCUGCGUUUUCAGCGUCGUGAAUGGCGAACAGACGGCGUCGUGCACGAAUGAAUGCGCCCACGAUCGGACGUUAAACGAGAAGAACUUCCUGUGCAAGUACAACGGCAAGGCAAUGUAUACUGAGGCUGACGAAACGUGCAGCACAUACGCGGCGUACGGCGUCACCGAGUAUUUUCCCGAUGGAUUCGUGAAGGAGUCUCUGAAGAGCAUGUCGGACAUCGCGACGGAUAUGUAUGACCACGCAAAGGCUGCCGGGGCGAGCAUACACUCCGACAGCUGGGGCGGCAACACCCCGGCUUUCGACGUCCAGACUAACCAGGUUGACAACUACGCCUGGAGCAAUCUCAAGUUUCUGCCCAUGUUCGCGGCCGGGAACGAGGGCCAAGAGGCGGAGGCGAACACCCCCGCGGAUUCAAACGGUAAAACGUAUAAGUACACAGACGGAAGGGGCACUCUCGGCAAUCCGACAAACGCUAAAAACUGCGUCUCCAUCGGCGCCGCGUUGUCUGACAACUCAGAACCCAUCGAUAACUCCAUGCUGGCGACUAAGUUCGGCGACAAGUGGGACAACAGGACCGACUGGACGUGGCAGGUGGACAUCGGCGGAUCCGAGGGGACGCACUGGAGCAGCUCCCUCAUCCGAGGCUUCCGCGCCGACGUCACGAUCUCGGCACCCUCGGGUGGGGACCAUUCCCUGGACGGGCGCGCUGCGGUGGUCGCGGAUCCGGUGGUUCUGUGCAGCACGAUCCUUAACACGGCUGAGAUGAAGGACAAGGUGGUGAUUUUCCGCUGGUCAUCCUGCCUGACGAUCGAUCUCAUGAUCGAUCGCAUGCAGCAGAUGGUAACCGCGGGCGCGGCGGGCUUCAUCGUGUAUGUAUUCGACUGGUACGAGCCCGAGAGAUUCAAGUUGCUCGCCGCCAACUCUGCCACGGGAUGGACUAUUCCAACCAUCGUCCUUCCGGGCAAGGAGGGCGAGCUCCUGAGGCAGCUCGUGGACCAGAGGGGCGCCGGCGUGACGCUCGGGAUAUCCGGGCCGAUCCUACCCCCGAAGAACAAGUUUGAAAACAUGGCGUCGUUCAGUUCCCUGGGGCCCACGUACAAUUGGCUGAUCAAGCCCGACUUGGUGGCGCCGGGAGACAGCAUAUAUUCCGCGUCUAUCCUGACGGAGGCGGAGGUCGCGGGCGGCGACACCUGCAAGAAGGUAGACAAGGACGGCACCUCGAUGGCCACCCCGGUAGCCGCGGGCGCGUUCGCGCUUCUCAGGCAGUACUUCACCGACGGGUUUUACCCCUCGGGUGAGAAAAAAUCAUCCGACGCCUUCGUCCCGUCGGCUGCGCUUCUCAAGGCUGUGAUGGUCAACGGCGCUCAGGCCCUCACCGGGUUUGAAUCCGACGGCUGGCCCAUCGACCCGCCGCCCUCCACGAAGCAGGGUUGGGGACGCAUCGAACUCGCCGCGUCCGUGCCUUUGCCGUCGUCGGUCAAGCUGGACGUCUCCGCGCAGAAGACGCCUACGAACCUAAUCGUGGUGGACGACGUCGACGAUAAGAUGACGGCGUCGAGCGAGCGCGGGCUGUGCGUCGACGUCGACGGCUCGAUCGAGGAUCUGCGGGCGACGCUGGUGUGGACCGACCCUCCCGGAUCGAUGGCCGCGGAGGGGGCUCUCGUCAACGAUCUCGACCUGCAGCUCUUCUUCGGGGAUGCGGGUGCCGGUAAAAUGCUCUGGCCCCUCUCUGGGGAUGAUCUCGACGGCAAUUUCCCCUUCAACGGAGACGGUUACAACAACGUCGAACGGGUGAUAUGGAGCAAACCCGACGUCGGACGGUACUGGAUCAACGUCAAACCCUGGCAAGUACAGGUGCCGCAGCCCUUCGCGCUCGCGGUGACGGGCCAGGUGACGGAGGUGGCCGGCAAGAAGACGAAAGCCUCGUGCUUACCGCCGCCGCCCCCGCCGCCGCCGUCGCCGCCGCCGAGCCCGCCGCCCCCGCCGAAACCCCAAGCACCCCCCGGCGCCGCCAUCAUCGGUCGCGCCGUCUCCACCGGCUACCUCUCCGGCUGUCUCGUCUACCUCGAUGCCAACUCCAACGGUAAACUCGACGCGGACGAGCCACAGUACACCACGGAUAAGUUUGGCGGUUUCAGCCUCGAGUCGGCCGCCGGCGGCGACGUUAGGGUCAGCGCCUCGCGAUCCAUCGCCGGAUCCGAGGCGUGCGCCGAUUCCUUCACGGGCAUCGCGCCGGGCGUGACGUCGCUCGCGUCCGGCGGGGUAAAGCCCGGUACGGGCCGCGUCGUCACCGCGCUGACGACGGUGGCGAAGGCUAUCGACAGGGUGGAUUCGCAAUCUCGCGUCAAGGAAGUCUUCGGGAUACCGGCAGCCGUCGACAUCGCCACGACGGAUCCUCUCGCGGCGCUGGCCGCCGGCGGGGACGGGGGCAAGGAGCUCCUCGUCGCGACGACGCUCGUGACGAACCUGGUGUCGACGCUGACGUCCUUGCUCGAGAAGGCGAGCGGCGACGCGUCCACGGCCGAGAGUCACGUCGUCCGAGCGCUCGCGGCUAAAGUCGUCGACGCGAGCGGUGGAGCGGCGGGCGGUCGUCGCAUGCGAACGCUCCUCGCGUCGUCGUCCUUCGACCUCGCAUCCGAGGAAACCGUCACGUCCAUCGCGGACGCCUCCGUUCAGAACGCCGUGGCGGCCGGGGCGACCGCGCCGAGCUCGGCGGCGACGGCGGCCGUCGUCAAGCUCUCAUCCGCGGCGGCGACGGUCUUGAAGACGGACAUCGCCGCGGCGUCGACCCCCGAGGUGAUGAUGACGUCCGCCGCAGCGGUGUCGGCGGUGAUGCAGGGCUCGGAGGUCAAGACAGCGGUCGCGGAUGCGGGGGGAGGCGGUGCGCUCGCCACGCUGACCCAAUUGGCCGAUGCGUCGACGAUGAGCUCGAAAGUCGCGACGGCGAAGCAGACGGUGUCGGUCGACUUGCCGAAGGCUCCGCCGCCGCCGCCGACGUCGCCGCCGCCGCCGCCGCCGAAGCAGCUCGUCGUGGAUUCCGGUGGAUCGACGAGGCGCCCGACGGCGGCGGCGGUGAUGGCGGUGGCCGUCGCGUGGUUGAUGUUGUGA